UGUCGAUCGAGGCGUGCCACGUGACCUUCACCGCUCGAUUCACGCGCGCGUUCGGUAUUUGCGGAACGCGGAAGCAUUGUUUGCAUCCCGGAGCAUGUUGGGUUCGAUGGAUACGCAAGCAGCCCAGAUUUAAUGGUCAAGUCGUGUAAAAUCUUCAACUAUCGUGUGCAAAGCGAGCUCUAUCCGUGCAGCACGUGUAUUCAUCAACAUGGCGAGUAUCCCAAAUGAGAUCGAGUCGAAAAUACGGCAGUACGCAGCCGAUACCCAUGUUGCAGAACAAAGCCAUAUGGAAAUCGAUGUUUCGCAAGAUCUUGAAACACGUCUAGACCAAACCAUCAGUGGCCUGCAAGCGCAGUUGGCACGACAGAAAGCAGAUCUGGAACUCCUUCGAGCCAAGGUUUCCUUGCCCGUUGCGACAACGCCUUCGCAAGACCCACGUAAGAAACUUCAGCAGCUCGAGGAACUGACGGCUGCUUAUAACAAGCUCGCCGAUGACGAGCCGUCUUUACCACCGAAGGGCUCAAGCAUCCCAGCUCUGCUCGCAACUCGACUGGUGCAGGAUACCGUGAGGAGCACGGCAUCGGGUAUUGAUAUCGUCGAAGCGCAAUUGCUUGAAACAAAGCAGGAUCUUAAGACGUGGACUGCCGAGUUGGACGAUGCUCGUGCCCUUAAAACUGCCUUGCAAGAGAGAUUAGCACGUCUAAAGCAACAGCACGAAGAACGCUCUGAUAAGACUCUAACACAGACUGCACGUGAAACGCUACAAGGCAAACGACAAAAGACACAGGACUACGAGCGAGAAACGGAGCUUCUACACCGCGCUUUCAAUGAUUUCAUCGAUUCUCACUUGGCUGCUAUGCUUGCCGCUGAAGAACUUGGAGGCCCAGUCGCUGGGGAAAUGAUGGACGUCGACGACCAGGACCUGGCAGUAGGAUUCUCGUCUCAGGGGAAACUUAGGAAAGGCAAAAGCAUCUCUGAUCAAGGACGUCAAAGGCGGAUCGACGACAUCUGGGGAGAUGUUCUGGGACAUGAGUCGAGCGAGCGCUUAAAUGAGAAAGACGCAGCCGCUGCUGCAUUUCGAGAUCUUUUUAGAAAGCUAUAUGAGGCUCUACUAGACGUCAAUAGCUCAGGACCUUACAUACCCAUGGAGAGAGAAUCCGCAGCGGCGAGAUUUCUUGUAAGGGCCAAAAUAGCACAGUAUCAUCCUAAAGACGCAGGACGAAUGCGCUUGAUAGAUUUUGGCAAGGAAUUAGACGAAAAUGUAUGAUUUGCCAGAGGAUGUCACGAGAAUGAUUCUAGCCAAUAAGUCGUUGUUAUCACAUACAAUGUCAUCUGGAGUGCGUGGUUUCCAGGUGUUUAUUACAUAUCAACGCUAU